AUGCAUUACAGCUCCGUCCCCACCCAGAACCAGGUCCUCGUUCCCGAGACCCUUCUGAAGAAGCGCAAGUCCCAGGAGGCUGCCCGCGCUGAGCGCCGCGCUGAGGUCGAGAAGGUCAAGAAGGCCAACAAGGAGAAGCGUGGUGUCAUCUUCAAGCGUGCCGAGUCCUACGUCCAGGAGUACCGCAAUGCUGAGCGUGAGAAGAUCCGCCUCAACCGCGUUGCCCGCCAGGAGGGUAACUACUUCGUUGAGGGUGAGCCCAAGCUCGUCUUCGUUGUCCGUAUCAAGGGUAUCAACAAGAUCGCUCCCAAGCCCCGCAAGAUCCUCCAGUUGCUCCGUUUGAUCCAGAUCAACAGCGGUACCUUCAUCCGUCUCACCAAGGCUACCCAGGAGAUGUUGACCAUCGUCAACCCCUACAUUGCCUACGGUUACCCCAACCUGAAGUCCGUCCGUGAGCUCCUCUACAAGCGUGGUUACGGAAAGGUCGACAAGCAGCGCACUCCCCUCACCGACAACCAGAUCAUCGAGGAGCACCUCGGCAAGUACGGCAUUGUCUGUAUGGAGGAUCUGAUCCACGAGAUCUACACCGUUGGCCCCAACUUCAAGCAGGCCAACAACUUCCUCUGGCCCUUCAAGCUGUCCAACCCCAACGGUGGUUUCCGUACCCGCAAGUUCAAGCACUACAUUGAGGGUGGUGACACCGGUAACCGUGAGGACAACAUCAACGGUCUCAUCCGCCAGAUGAACUAG